UGAACAUUGAACGUAACAGCGAGUGCAGUGUGUCAGUGACCACAAGCGGCUUCACCAUCGAGGAAAUUAGGGGAAAAUAUCAACCCUUUUGAAGAUUUAAAAUUCAGUGGGGAGAGGUGCCAUUUGCGGCUACAUAGAAAACAUCUAUAACCUCGUCAAGAGCACCUUGUGACUGGCACCAUUUCAAGGUCUUCCCACAACUUGAAGAUGGGCUGAUUGGGCUUUUGCCUGUUGUCCUCCCUUUCUUCACCACCACUACCACUCAGCCUGGGCGAUGUCUGACGAUUCGGACUCCAAGCCUUAUCUGUACUCCUCCCUGGAGGUCCAGGAUGGCGGCGGUGCAUGUAGCUCCAUGGCGCAGCUCCACCGGAUGGCCGGCUUCACGGAAGGGCCCGAGCUGGGACUGCCGUCCGAGGGCAGUGACAGUAGCAGCCAGGACCCUCCGGUGUCCCCGCACAGUGACAGGAAGAUGGCCCAUUCGCUGCACGAGGAGGACGUGGAGAUGAAAAGUAGUAGCGGGUCCAGUGGCAGUGGGACGGAGUCCCAUGGCAACGAGUCCCACGGCAACGAGUCCCACGGCAACGAGUCUCAUGGCAACGAGUCGACGGGCAGCUCGAACGGCCACAGCAAGGACUCUGCCCUCCUGGAGUCAUCGGGGAGCAAUAAGAGCUCAAAUUCCCACAGCCCCUCGCCUCCGAGUAGUUCCAAUGCCUUCAGUUUGCUGAGUGCCAGCUCGGAACAAGAUAACCCCUCAACCAGUGGCUGCAGUAGCGAAGAGCCCGCCAAGGCCAAAACUCAGAAGGAGCUGAUCAAGACUCUGAAGGAGCUCAAGAUGCACCUCCCCACCGAGAAGAGGAACAAGGGCAGCAAGUCCAACACCCUCAACACCCUCAAGUACGCCCUGCGCUGUGUCAAGCAGGUGGAAGCCAAUGAGGAGUACUAUCAGAUGCUGAUGAGCAAUGACAGUCAUCCGUCUGGUUUGGAUGUGGCUUCAUACACCAUAGAGGAAAUAGACAGUAUUACCUCUGAAUACACUCUAAAAAACACAGAUAUUUUUGCGGUGGCCGUGUCCCUAAUUACUGGGAAGAUUGUGUACAUCUCUGACCAGGCAGCCUCCAUUCUGAACUGCAAGAGGGAUGUGUUCAAGAAUGCCAAGUUUGUGGAGUUCUUAACCCCCCAGGAUGUCAGUGUGUUCUAUAGCUUCACAACGCCUUACCGUCUCCCCUCCUGGAGCAUGUGCACUGGAGCAGAGUCAUCACCCUCAGACUGCAUGCAGGAGAAGUCGUUUUUCUGCCGUAUCAGCGGGGGUAAAGAGCGUGAGGGGGACCUCCAGUACUACCCCUUCCGCAUGACCCCCUACCUGAUGAAGGUGCAAGACUCCCACCAUGCAGAGGACCAGUUCUGCUGCCUUCUGCUUGCUGAAAGGGUGCACUCAGGUUACGAGGCCCCAAGAAUCCCCACUGACAAGCGGAUCUUCACCACAACACACACUCCUAACUGUGUGUUCCAGGAUGUGGACGAGAGGGCUGUUCCCUUACUAGGAUACCUACCUCAGGACCUGAUAGGUACACCGGUGCUCUUGCACCUGCAUCCCAGCGACCGACCAGUCAUGCUCAGCAUCCACAGGAAGAUCCUGCAGCAUGCUGGCCAGCCGUUUGACCACUCCUCCAUCCGCUUUUGCACGAGCAAUGGCGAGUACAUCACCUUAGACACAAGCUGGUCGAGCUUUGUCAAUCCAUGGAGCCGUAAGGUGUCCUUUGUCAUUGGCCGUCACAAAGUCCGGAAUGGCCCUGUGAAUGAGGAUGUGUUUGUGGCUCCAGCCAUGGCCGAAGCUAAGCCAAUGGACUCGGACAUCCAUGAAAUCACAGAGCAGAUUCACCGGCUGCUCCUGCAGCCUGUCCAUGUGAAUGGCUCCAGUGGCUAUGGCAGCCUGGCUAGCAAUGACCACAUAAUGAGCGUGGCGUCCUCGAGCGACAGCGCGGGGAACAGCGCCCGACCGCGACCACCUGAGGAGGACGAGCGGAAUAUUGCCAAACCUCCUGUGAGUCAGACGCGUUCCUUUCAGGAGAUCUGUAAAGGAGUGCACAUGCAGAAGAACCAAGAACUGCAGUCUAAGAAGAGUCCACAUAUAGAGUCACUCCAUCGGAGCCCAGUGGUUCGACCAAAGGACAUGGCCGCCCCUGUGAGCUGGAGGGACACCGGGCCAAACCCGGAGGAGCGAAUGGUCAUCCAGGAGGAGCUGGCCUUUAAGGACCAAACCGUGUACUCCUACCAGCAGAUCAGCUGCCUGGACAGUGUCAUCAGGUACCUGGAGAGCUGCAACAUCCCUAUUACUGUGAAGAGAAAGUGCCAAUCCUCCUCCAACACCGCUUCCUCUAACUCAGAUGAGGACAAGCAAAAACCAGAGUGCUCCAUGCAAGUGGAGACGCCACUCCUGAAACCUCAGCCUAGUCUGACCACUCUGAAUGUGUCCAAGAAGAGCACUGCCUCGGGGGUAGUGAGCACGUCCCUGACACCUCUGGCCCUGCCAAGUAAAGCAGAGAGUGUUGUGUCCAUUACUAGCCAGUGCAGCUAUAGCAGCACCAUUGUUCAUGUUGGAGACAAAAAGCCCCAGCCUGAAUCAGAGAUCAUUGAGGACGUGUCGGGUGGUGGGGAAGUGGUGGAGUGCCAGACCCCUGGGCCGCCAAGCGCAGUGUCUUCCCUCAGCCAGGAGAGGGGGGCAUACAAGAGGCUAGGCCUGACCAAGCAGGUCCUGGCAGCGCACACGCAGAAGGAGGAGCAGGCCUUCCUGACCCGCUUUCGGGACCUACGGGGGGUUCACGCUUUCAAGGCCGACUGCUCGCACUUCCUGGAGAGGCAAAAGGCCCAGUUGGCCGCUGAAGCUGGUCCAACGGCACGGUCUUGUAAGUGUAAGCAAGGUGGCGUAGGAGGAGUGGUCGCUGAACCGACCACCCGGCGCAGUGGCCGCAACAAGAAGACCAAAUCCAAGCGCGUGAAGCAGAACGAGUCGUCGGACAGCACGGUGUCCCACAGGAGGCAGCAGCAGCAGCAGCAGCAGCAGCAGCCCCGGCCCCCGCUGCAAGGCCUCCAGCAGACGUCCUGGUCGCCGUCCGACACCUCCCAAUCCACAUUCCCUAUCGCCUACCCUGCCGUCAUGCCUGCCUACCCGCUCCAGGUCUACCCCGGCACCAGCACCAUGACUCCCCAAGUGGACCCUUCCCUGUCCGGCUUCAGCGAGGGCCAGAUCAACCAGGACCCUCGGUGCUCCAUGCAGCCGACCCCUUACCCGGCUCCGCUGGUGACGCCCAUGGUGGCGCUGGUGCUACCCAACUACAUGUUCCCUCAGAUGGGCAGUGCCCCUCCUCAGAACAAUUUCCCCCCACAAGCCGCAUUCCAAGCCCAGCCUCAGUUCUCAGUCCAGCCAAACUUCGUCGGGCAGACGUUUGCCGCGCAGUCCCCGUUCACCCCACAGACUACAUUCCCACCUCAGCCCUUCUCCUUCACCCUGCCCACUGAGCCCCCAAAGGCUCCGUACCAAGAGGCAAGAGAGGGCCAGUCGCGCUGCUCCACACCGCAGUCCUUGGGAGCCCGGGACCAGGCCUCGCCGCCUCUCUUUCAGUCGCGCUGCAGCUCGCCACUCCAGCUCAACCUGUUGCAGCUAGAGGAGAGGCAGGACGGUGCGUUCACACCUGCUGCCGGGGUGCAGGGCAACAGCAGUGCCACCCUGGAAAAAGCCACCGGCAGCGUGCCAACAACACCCAACGCAGAACUGCAACAGCGAUCACUCAGACCGCCUGGUCUAGUCAGGGUCCGCCCGGCCUCCCCCCCAUGCUCUGGCUCUAGCCCUGGCCUCUGCGGCCUCAGGCAGAGUGGCGGUCGGGGGUUGUCUUGGGAAAGUCUUUUCCCUAAAUUCAGGUGUUGCAGCGAAGAGGAGGUGGAUUCCCCGGCAGACAGUCACCAUAGUGAUGGCAACUCUUCAUCCAGUGACAUGAUGGACAUCCUACUACUGGACUCGCGGUCGGGCACGGGAUCGGCCACCUCUGGCUCCAUGGGCUCUGGCUCUCGCGGCUGUGGAACGUCUGCCUACGGAACCUCAACCAGUGGUGCAUCAGCCAGUGGCACAGGGAGCAGCCACUGUGUAAGCCACAACAGUAGCAACUACUUUGGCAGUGUGGACUCCUCCCAGAAGAGCCACCAAGCCAAGGAGUGUGAUGCCAGCAUGACAAUGGGCCUCCCUGGGGAGAUGGAGGUGGAGGAGACCCGGGACUUCUCCAAGUACCUACUGCAGGAUUCACCGUGGCACCUCUCCACUAAUGUAGACGGGACCUACCAGAUGCCCCAGAGUGACAUGGAAAAAGUGUUGAGAGACGACCGGGAGAAACUUCGUCGGAUGCAGAAAAGCCAACCUCGCUUCACCAAGGACCAGAAGAGGGAACUCGUAGAGGUGCACCCUUGGAUGAAGAGAGGGGGGUUGCCCAAAGCAAUCGACGUCAAGGCAUGUGUCGGCUGUGAAGAUCUGGCGGAAAGUCUAAUUGAAGAAGAGACGCCUGACAUGCAUAUGGGCGAGGCAGAAACAAGUGAGGAGACUACUAUAGACAAAUCCAGGGAGCUACUGCAAAAAGCCAGUCUCAUCCUCAAAUCCAGCACCAGAGACUUAGGUCAACUACAGACACUCAAUGAAUGAAUUGAUUAUGGAACAAGACGCCUUACAUCUGCAUUUGUAUAGAAUGUUCCAACAGGAAAAAGCUGAUUUUUUAUUAUUAUGAUUUUAUUUCUUGUGAAUAAGUGUGUGUGCGUGCGUGCGUGCGUGUGUGUGUGCGUGCGUGUGUGUGCCAGUGAGGUUAGACAUAAGUGUGGGUGACAUAAGAACACAAUUGUAUAAGUGGUUAACUGGAAUGUAUGCAGUAUGCUUACCUUUCUGUAUUCGGUCUGAGGAUUUCAAACACCCUCCUGGCCUAUCCUCAGAAAUCCUGUCAGGAACCAAUAGCGCAUGACAAAACCUCUUUUUUAUGUUGAUAAAUAUCUUUCUUCUGUUUUCUUUCUUUUUACAAAUGUGUCUUUUAAUGUAUUUGUCCAGAGAUUAUCUCUUUGUUUUGUUUUCUUUUUUCAUUCUUAAGAUUCUUGGCAUCAGACAAACUCCUAUGGAUUUUUUUCUGCUUGCCUUUUUUUGUCCAUGGUAAAAGUGAGUUAAAUCUUUCAUAGUUAAAAUAUUUAUUUAUUUUUAUACAGGGAUAACUGGUGACAAACACUACUGUGUGCAUUGUUGUGAAAGAGGGGGAAAUGACUGUAGGCCUACAGUAAGUAAUAAUAUAUGAAACGGUAUGGAACAGGAUAUUGGGGCGUUGUGACACCUUUUGGGGACAAUCAUUUGUUAACUAACUGAACUUGUAAAGCUUUUGAUGAGACCCUAGUUCUUCAAGGUGCUAAUUACUUAAAAUGUACCUUAAUUAAUGUGAAGUUAAUUCUUUUGACCAAAAGAUUUAGCAAGCCUACAUGAAAUACACACCAUUCAGGUCAGUGUGACUUAAAACAAUGAUUUUUAUGAGGUGUGGAGAUAUUCAUAUCUGAAAUCUUUCCUAAACCAUAGCCCCUUAAGUUUGGUUAAUCCACAUCCCUGGAGACCUAAGGUUGAUUUGUCUCUGGUGGAGAAAUGGAAGGCAACUUCAUGACACUGGCAUCUAGUGGAAAACUAUGAAAAUAUAUUAGAUUUCUUUUUUGUCUCCCUUGUAUAUGUUAAGUCAGAAAACGUAUUUAUUUUGGAAGAGAGUCAAUGGACAAAAGUAAGGCAUGGCACUCUAAAUGUAUUUAUCAGUGUCAUUAUAUUGUUAUGGAAAGUGUUGUUUAAUAGUUGUUUAUUUGUUAAAAUAAAGUCAAUAAAUCUCUA